UCGAAUGAAUGAAAAACUCCACCUCCAACUGUUAAAAUGGCGAAUGUUGUAUAUUCGUCGCGUCGCCCGCGCAUUUGUACAUAUAAAUUUGAUUAUUCGACCAUAUAGAUUGAAAAACGUUUCAGGUUUAUUCUCUCUAUAUCAAAUUAUUCAACCUGUGUUUAAUACAUCGUCAAAGUAGACUAAAUAAUGUCGGAAACAUCGGGUUCAGACCAAUUAGACAAUGAUCAGACUCGCGCGCAAACAAAAAACGAAGAAAACAACAACGACGCGCAAAAAAGCUACAUUGAGGAGUCUUUGGAAACUUCACAAACCACAUUAGACAAGAAAAAAGAGGCGUCAGACUCAAACGCUAAUGCUAACACCUCUGAAAACAGCAAACCAGAUUUAGCUUCUCCUAAUGGGGAAGGAGAACGGCCAAAACCAAAGACAGAGACUGAUUUAUCCAACUCUGCUAGUCUGCGGCCUGUAACAGUUAUGAGCUCAGCCUCAUCUGAAGCUGCUCCAAAGGUCAUAGCAGGCCCUGCACAGAUCAGAUCCACCACACCAGUGGUUAUAGGGGCCAGGGUGGUGACGUCUAAUGUUCAGGGACCAGGGGCCACCAGUUUGGCACUGGCUCCUCAGCCUGGAAGGGUCUCUGUUAGCUCCGUGGCCAUUAGCCAGCCCAGGGUCACCACACUGACCACAGCCAAAGGGGCAGUCGUGACAUUGCCAAGGAUUUCCACCCCAUCACAAAGUGUACCAAUGACACGCACCCCUCAGACUGUGCCACUGCAGCUGCCUGCCAACUUCCAGGUCCCACAAGGAAUGGUGUUAAUCCGCAGUGACAGCGGGCAGUUGAUGUUGGUAUCUCAGCAGGCUCUGGCCCAGGCUCAGGCUCAGGGAAUGCUGCCAAAACCAGCAAGUGCCAAUGCCUCUGCUAUAGUUAGACCCCCAUCCUCACAGACAACUGUAACCACUACACCAAUCAUCAGAGUUUCUUUCCCACCUUCCAGUGCAUCAGCUACUACCAAUAUUAAACUUAACCCCACUACAGGGACUGCCGUUCAGAAACCACCCACCGCUACAGGGACUGCUAUUUUCACACCAUCAUGUACAACAGGAGCUACCAUCAUUAAACCAGCCGGUGUUAUAGGGACAGCCAUCAGAAAGCCCAGCUCUACCAUGGGGCCUGUUAUCAAAGCCAGUCAAAUUACUCCAAACAGCAGCACACCGGGGACCUUUAACCAGAGGACUAAUUCUGUCACUGCAACUACCAUAAUUAAUACUUCGGCUGUAAAGUCUGUGGGCAAAGGUGCUCUCUCCACCCAGGGUAAUGCCCCACGUAUGGUGUCUCCUAAUGUACCAGCCAGAUCCAGCACAAACACAUCAGCAACCCCAGUCACUGUUACAGCUGAGACCUUGGAGAAUGUGAAGAAGUGUAAAAACUUUCUGGUCACUCUUAUGAAGCUAGCAUCGAGCGGCACUCGCUCGGCCAACAUGGCUCAGAACGUCAAAGCUCUUGUCAAAGGCCUGCUGGAUGGGAAACUAGAGGCAGAGGAGUUUACUGAAAAACUCUAUAUGGAGCUCAAAUCAUCCCCUCAACCAUAUCUAGUGCCUUUCCUGAAGAGGAGCCUGCCAGCUGUCCGUCAGCUCACCCCAAACUCGCAGCUCUUCAUUCAGCAGUGCGACCAAGUCAAGCCCUCAGAUUCAGCACCAACCAAGGCCGCAAACCAGAAGUCCACUGUGUCCGUCAGCUCCUCCCUCAAGCCCAACCAGCCAACCAGAAUGGCUCAGCUGGUGAUCCAGCAACCUAAAGGAGUAAUCGUCAAACAGUCUUUGACAUCAGCUCAGACGGGCUUACCUGCACAGAACCAAGUUCAACCCAAACAGAUGCUCAUUCAAACCAAUGCUCACCCAGCAGGUGCUGUUGUGCGGCAGUCCAUCCUUCAGGCAUCUAAAACACACUUUUCCCAGCCGCCCCUUCCAGCUCAGGCACACGGCUUCAAGGACAGCACCUCGGGCUCUUUCCGACUUUCAUUUAGAGAUGACGAUGACAUUAAUGAUGUGGCCUCCAUGGCCGGUGUGAACCUGAGUGAGGAGAAUGCUCGUAUUUUGGCCUCUGGCGCCGAGCUUGUGGGAUCAGUGAUUCGCUCCUGUCAAGAGGAGCCCUUUUUAUUCCCAUCAGCCCUUCAGUCACGAGUUCUGCAGAUCGGUGGAUCUUUGAGUAUCACAGAGGUCUGUCCUGAUGUUCUUGAACUGCUCUCUCUGGCGACACAAGAGAGGCUUCGGGACCUGCUGGAGAAGAUAACCAUUGUGGCACAACAUCGACAGAUUUCUUAUAAGGAUGAUUGGCGCUACAGUCAGACCAAUGACACGCGCUCUCAGCUGAAGUUCCUGGAGCAACUGGAAAGACUGGAGAAACAAAGGAGGGAGGAAGAGGAGCGAGAAGCCCUGCUCCGCAUUGCCCGGAGUCGCACAAACAGUGAAGACCCAGAGCAACAGCGUCUGAAACAGCGAGCCAAAGAGAUGCAGCAGUUGGAGUUGGCACAGAUGGAGCACAGAGAUGCAAAUUUGGCAGCGCUGGCAGCCCUGGGGCCACGUAAGAGGAAAUCUCUGGAGCUCCCUGGCUCAGGGGCCAACCAGUUGUUAGGUUCAUGUGGGCAGUUUGCAACUCGAGCACCGAUUCGAGUCACUUUGAGAGAUCUGACCUUCUGCAUGGAGCAAGACCCCACAUUCAGACACACUCUCAUGCUGUAUAGAGCAUUUCUAGGCUAGAUAACCAUACAAAUGCACAACUUCUGAGGUAUGUGCUGUGUUUGGGAAAAGUUCUUUAGAUUACAUACUUUACCAUUGUUCAAAAUGAAACUGUUUUUGUUAUAUUUCUGUGUUCCUAUCCUUGUUUUGAUGACUGAAUUAACUGUUUAUAUAUUGACUAGUAAGUAAGCACAAAGGAAUAAAUUAAACACUAUUA